AGAGUAAGUUGGGUCGGGUUCCCCUUAAACAACACUCUUCCUCUUCUUCCCUCCCCCACUACUUCACCAACCAACAUCCUGCCAACCGUCUUGCUUUCCGCAUCUCUUCCAAUCCAUCUUAUCCUUUCAUUCUCAUUUCUCUCCAUCUACAUUCACCAUGGCCGACGCUUUGACUGAAGAGCAGGUUUCCGAGUACAAGGAGGCGUUCUCCCUGUUCGACAAGGAUGGUGAUGGACAAAUCACCACCAAGGAGUUGGGCACCGUCAUGCGCUCGCUCGGCCAGAACCCCUCCGAGUCUGAGCUGCAGGACAUGAUCAACGAGGUCGAUGCCGACAACAAUGGCACCAUUGAUUUCCCUGAAUUCUUGACCAUGAUGGCUCGUAAGAUGAAGGACACCGAUUCCGAGGAGGAGAUCCGGGAGGCAUUCAAGGUCUUCGACCGCGAUAACAACGGUUUCAUUUCGGCCGCCGAGCUGCGCCACGUCAUGACAUCCAUUGGUGAGAAGCUCACCGAUGAUGAGGUUGACGAGAUGAUCCGUGAGGCGGACCAGGACGGUGAUGGACGAAUUGACUACAACGAGUUCGUCCAGCUCAUGAUGCAAAAAUAAACACCCCAAUUCAAUUUCGUUUUGAAUUUCUCCACUGUUAUCGAAAAAAAGAUGGGGGCCAAAGAGAACUCCACCAUGUCCCGUCUCCAAUUUCAUGCCAUUUUACCUGUAGUCUAUUAUUCGUCUAGGCUGCAGAUGGGAAUGGUCGUAACGACCUUGCGUGCUAUUUAAAUGCGAAAUAUUCUUGUGAGAAAGAGUCAAUUUGGUUGGUCUAGACUGAGCCGUGCAUCCUGCGAAGACAUUGUGUGAAAGCAUAGCAGUAAUACAGUGUGUCUUGGGUUUGCGCGAGCUCUUUUAUUUCUUCCCGGAGUGGCUCCUGGCUCGCUGCCUUUGUGUGUCCUCUAUUGUCUAUAUUUACCCCCUCGAUCUGUGCUUUUAGCCCUG